AUGGCAAAAAAUGAAGAUGUCAACAAGGAAGUUGAACAUAUAAAUAGUAAUAAUUCAAUUAUUAAUAAUAACAAUAAUAAUAGUGAUAAUAAUAAUCAACAAAAUAAUCAAAAUACUUUAAAAAUAAGUAGAUUACCACCACCUUUACCUCCUACAUCUAAUAACAACAAUAGCAAUAGCAAUAGCAACAACAAUAAUAUUAGUAGUUUAAAUAAUGUAACAAUAACAGUUCAACCACCACCACAACAAACAACCACACAACAACAGCAACAAACAACAACACCUUUGCCACCAAUGAGCCAACAUCAACAGUUUCAACAUUUAGAUUUCUAUAGUGAUGGUGAGAGUGAUAGAAUGACAAGAGAUAACAACAACAGCAAUGCAUCUGAGCAUACCAAAACAAGACCAAGAAGACCAUCUUCACCGUUGGCAUUCCUAAGAUCGCUCUCACCUAAACACAAAGAAAAAGAAAAAGACAAAAAGAAAGAGAAACAUCUAAAGUCGCAAAUGGAGCAAUUAUCUGUUUCACCACCAAGAGGCAUGGGUGUACAUAACUAUUACAACCACGAAAGUACACCCUCUACAUCUCCAAACAUAUCAUUAUCAACAACAAUCAAUAACAAUAACAAUAAUAAUAAUAAUAGCAUAAGUUUAGUUACAAGUUUUAAUAAUAAUAAUAAUUUAGUAACUAGCACAGGUAAUAAUAAUAAUAAUAAUUUAAUAACUAGUAAUAGAAAGUUUAGUGGUGCAAGUUUGUGGUGUAAAGGUCAAUCCGAAUCAAGAUCUUCAAACAAUGUCACUGGUCUGCAAGUACUGGGCGAAAGAGAUAACACCACAGGUAUUCCACCACUUUGUAGUGAAGUCACCGAAGCAUCUGAAAUCGCUGAUACGUCUGGUGUCGAAAGGCAUCAUCGAUGGUGGUCGUCGCUUCAACUUUUACUACGUAGCGAUGAUUCUCGACAAGUCGUCAUCGUUCCAAAACAUACAAUGCCAGACCGUCUUCCCGACAAGUUCUACAAGGCAACCUCAAAACCGAUAAUGACAAACGUCUUCUCCAAGUCGCUGUUUACUUCGUUCUUUGACAAUUGCUCGACGAUGGAGUAUUUCCGUUUCUAUCAACGUUGGGUAUCGCCAGACAAUUUCGAGGCGAUCGGUCACGCUCUCCGUACGAAUCACUCGAUCACUCAUAUUUCGUUUAGAAACAACAAUCUGGACGACGAGUUUGUCGUCGAUAUCAUCCAGGCACUCCACGAGAAUAACACCAUUCAGAUUCUGGAUUUCCGUCUCAAUAAACUCGGUAACCAAACGGCUAUCAGUCUGGCCGGUGCACUCCUAAAGAAUCGGUCGUUGACCUGUGUCGAUUUGUUCUACAAUGCCAUUGGACCGGAGGGUGGUGUUGCCAUUGCCAAUUCCUUGCGUACCAACCGUACCCUGCGUAAACUCUACUUGGGAUGGAAUCAUAUCAAUGGACAGACCGCUUCCAUACUCUCGGAAUCACUCAAAGUCAACAACGUCAUCGAGAGCAUCUAUCUCGAUCGUAUCGAUGACCAUUCCGGUUCGCUGCUGGCCGAGUCACUGGCGGUCAAUACCUCUGUGACAGAGCUGAACCUUGCCGAUUGCCAACUGAAACAAUUCACAGCCAAAGCACUGGGUAGUGCUUUCAAGGUGAACAAAUCACUUGCCGAUCUCAACUUUAGAUGUAACCAGCUUGGUGCCGACCUCAAGGAUAUCUCACAGUCGCUCAGCGUCAACCAUACUCUGACCAGAAUCAACUUGUCCGACAACAGAAUCAACGAUGAAUCUGGCAGACUCUUGGCAGAGUCACUCAAGACAAACCACUCGAUUACCUCACUCUCACUGUCACUCAACCAACUCGGUAAUAAAUUCGCAGAUGAAAUGGGAGUAGCGCUAUUAGAAAACACUACAUUGAAACUCCUCGAUCUCUCUAACAAUCAAAUAGAGUUUACCGGUGCACAACAUAUUGCCAAUGCACUGGCGUCCAACAGCACAUUGAAACUGUUGAAUCUCUGUCAGAACAGUCUCAGCUCCAAGUUUGGUCCUCUCAUUGCUUAUUCACUCACUCAGAACAAAUCGUUGACACAUCUCGAGCUUGCUUAUGUCGGAAUCGGUAGUGCCGGUGCAGUCUCUCUGGCCAAAGCAGUCAAAGACAACAUCCACCUGCGAAAGUUGAAUCUCAGCGAAAAUCAAAUCGGCGACGACGGUGCACUUGCUUUUGCCGAUGCAAUCAAAUCGAAUCAGUUCCUCUACGUCUUGGAUUUAAGUUACAACAAUUUCACCUAUCGAGUCAAAGAAGUCUUUGAAAAGAUACAAGAACAAAACAAUACUUUACAAUUCUCAAUUUCAUCUGUACCUCUACAUUGGAAAUUCCAACUAUAA